AAAUCGAAAACCAUUUAAACAUUUUCUGAUUUCUCCCCCGCUAACCAGAAGAUCAUCAUUAUAAUGUCUGGGUUCUCUCAUCCUCACCCUGUCUAUGGCUACGUUUCGACGAGUAUCUCGUCAUCAUCCCAGUCCCAAGAACCCUACGGCUCAAUCACCUCCUCUUAUGCCUCCUCCUACGGCGGUUCCUCAGCGCUUUAUACUUCUUCCUCAGCGUCUUACACUUCUACCACAACGCCCUACAUGGUUAUUGAAGAAAAGGUCCCCCAAGAAAUAAUCACACAGACCGCUACAGUCGGAUACCUGCAAAAGAGUCCGUUCACGACGCUGAAGCCGUCGGCCUUCCCUCCCGGCACCGACCCCAGCGUCGUGGCUAGCUUUCAGAAGGCCGAUCAGGAUAACAGUGGCUUCAUCGACGACAAGGAGAUGCAGAAAAUGCUCACUGAAUACAAUCAGAACUUCAACAUGAGGACUGUUCGUCUUCUCAUUUUUCUUUUCACCAAUAAUAAUUCAAGAAAGAUUGGUCCCAAGGAGUUCAUCGCGUUGUUUUACAGUCUUCAGGAGUGGAGAACCAUUUUUGAGAAAUUCGAUAAGGAUCGGAGUGGGAGGAUUGAUGCAAGUGAAUUGCGAGACGCACUUUUGGGCCUUGGAUUUGCAGUUUCGCCGGCGGUGAUUGAUUUACUGGUGUCUAAGUUCGGUAGAUUCAGAGGCACCAAAGUCCAGGCCAUUGAAUAUGACAACUUCAUUGAGUGCUGUCUUCUGGUCAAGGGAUUAACAGAGAAGUUCAGAGAAAAAGACGACUCUUAUUGUGGCACUGCAACUUUUAGUUACGAGUCUUUCAUGCUUACUGUCCUGCCAUUCCUUAUUGCAUAGAGUUUUAAAAUGUUUGUAAUUUCAAGUUUGGAUUGGGUGUUUAACGUGGCCUCUUUAGCCAGUUUCAGCUGUCCUAUAUAAUAAUAAUAUGUUGCUAUUAAAUAAAAUCAUGUAAUUUACUUUUAUGUGUUGAGAAAAAUUUAUUUGUACCUCCCAGAAAAACAUACAUAUAAUUUAAAAUCACUUGUUG